AUGUCGGACAAAGUGCCUACGCAGAAUAUAUCCAAAACCUUUGGUACUACAACGGCGACUGAUGUUUCCUCCGCCACUGAGAGUGACUCUAGUAAUGAACUCCAUUUCGUCAAACGUGGUGAGGCUCUCGUGGAAGCAACAUCGAGCCAAGAAAGUAUCGAUGGUUAUGAUCCCGACCUGAUGAGCGGCAGAACCCUACUUACAGCGCAGGAAGAAAAGAAGCUGUUGCGGAAGAUUGACUGGCGGUUGAUGACCCUUUGCUCCCUUAUCUUCAUGUUUAAAAAUCUCGACAGUAGCAAUGCCUCCAAUGCCCGAAUUAUGAACAAAGGAACAGAUCAGAAUAUUAUGACACAGCUUGGAAUCACAUCGAAUGAGUACAAUCUUGUGACUGUCCUUUACUAUGUCCCAUAUAUUUUGUUAGAAGCACCCUCAAAUCUCCUACUGAAGAGAUUCUCCCCAUCCAAAUGGCAAUCCAGAAUUAUGAUCAGCUGGGGUGUUGUGCUCAUGUGCAAUGCUGCGGUGAAGAAUAAAGGCGGAUUAUACACAACACGAUUCUUGCUAGGUCUGGCUGAAGCCGGACAAUUCCCCGGUGUGAUUCUCCAGAUGACAUAUUGGUAUCGGCCAGACGAGAUGUCUCUGCGUCUGCUAUACUUUUACAUUUGCGGAAACGUCUCGGGUAUUUUCAGUGGUCUGCUCGCCUACGCAUUUGACACUGUGUCAGGUGCAGCAGGGCUUUCCGGAUGGCAGUGGUUGUUUCUCAGCGAGGGUAUCGCGACCGUGAUCUUUGGUGUGGCCAUUGCCUUUUUACUCCCCGAUUUUCCAGAAACAGCAAGUUGGUUGACUGAAAGAGAAAAGAAGUUCAUUCAAGCCCGACUGCCAGCUAAUGCCCCUCGAGCGAAUGAGAAAAACUUCAAUUUCCGAGAAGUCAUUGAAUCAUUGAAGGAUGUCAGAUUAUGGCUAUUUACAUUGAUCUGGGCUACCUUUACAGUUGGAACCAACGGCGUCACUUUUUACCAAUCGACCGUUAUCGCAAAUCUUGGUUAUACGACCGUUGCCCAAGCCCAACUACUCAACAUUCCUAUCACCGUCUGUGGAAUUCUAUUCAUUGCAGUCACAGGCAUUGCAGCAGAUCGCAGUCGCAUACCCCGACCCCUGUAUCCGCUUUCUUUCCUCGUUGUGAUCAUAGUCUGCUACGGGGUUUUUGUGGCUUAUCCCAGUACAGGCGCUGUAUAUGCUGUGACACUGAUCGGAAAUGCCCUACAAGCAGGAUGGUUCCCAGUCAUGUGGCCAUGGCGAGUGCAGACUACAUCACGAGCUACGGGAUCUGCUUUCUCUAUUGGAUUUGUGAACAGCUACGGUCAAAUUGGAGGUGCUAUCGGCCCGCAGCUGUUCAAUAGCAAAUACGCACCACGUUAUAUAGUCCCCUUUUCCGUGGCUAUGGGUCUCGUUGGGCUUUGUGCCAUUUUGACUUUGAUAACAUGGUGGGUGACUUGGGAUACCGAGCGUGAUACUAGACGUCUGAAGCUCGCCAAAAUUGCGGCGGAGAAAAGGGGCGAGACAAUUCUGGAGGAUGUUAUGGACCAUGACUUGAAGACUCGUUAA